AUGGCCACGUUCGUAUCGCGCGUCGGCGUCGUGCGACCCACCGCGAGGGCGACUUCGCCCUCGCGCGACGGGCUCCGACGGCUCGGCCCGCGCUCGCGCAUCGCGGACGGCAUCAGCGUCGGGUGCGGGUGGAAGCAAAAGCGCGUCGGCGGCGCGCGCGCGGGGCGGACGCGCCUCCCCGCGGAUAUCCGCGCGACGACGACGGACGGCGAGGACCUGAACGAGGUCAAGAAGCGCGCCGCGGCGAGCUCGAGCGCGGCGAACAAGGAGGCGGAGGAGGUGGCGAAGAAGUGGGGGCUGGAGGCGGGGCUGUGGAAGGUGUUCUCGUCGAAGGCUGAGGACGGCGCGGUGGGAGGAGGAGGGAACAAGAUGGACUCCGCGAAGAAGCUCCUCAAGAGAUACGGCAGCGCGUACCUCGUCACGUCCAUCUCGCUGUCGAUCGUCUCGAUAUCCGUGUGCUACGCCCUCGUCGGCGCGGGCGUGGACGUGGCGGCGUUGCUCGACCGCGUGGGGCUGCACGUCACCACCACGUCAACGCAGGCGCGUUCGAGUGUCUUCACACUGGUCCCCGUACGACCGCGUCGGCGUUGUGAACUUCAUUAUUCCUUGAGGACGGACUUUUCUUCCCGGCGGUCCGGUCGUCACUCUCCGCCCACCGCUCGCUUUCAUUCCCGACGCGCCGCGACGCCUCUUUCGACUCUGCUUCUGACGCCUCUCGACUCCGCCCCGACGUUCGUCGCUUCCUUCGCGCGGAACGGCCCUCAGUUCGGGACGUUCGCGCUCGCGUACGCCGCGCACAAGGCGCUGUCGCCGGUGAGGUUCCCGCCCACGGUGGCGCUGACGCCGAUCGUCGCCGGGUGGUUGGGGCAGGAGCCGAACGAGGAGGACGACGACGAGGCGUGA